AUGAGCUUUCCAUACAUCAAAUACUUCACGGAUAUAGUGGAGGGAAAGAAAAGGGUUGGACCACCAACGAAAGAUGAUUUUGAUGCGGCUCACAGGUUAGUCCAAUUCCUCAUUAUCUUCUACAAAGCCACAAUUUUUCUCUCUGCGUCAAACAGUGUUUGCUCCCACAAGUUGUAUCAUGCGAUUGUGACUAUGUCUUCAAACAUCUCGUUGCUGAGUACUAAUCCUGGUCCGGAUGAAGUUUUACGUGAGAAAGCCUUUGCAAUGUUGAUGAAACUAGGCAAGUAUUGGGAUCCAUUUGAUAAAAGGGUAGAGAUGAACAAGCUGGUAUUUUAG